AAUCAAAGAGGCUCUCUCUUUCUCUCAUUAUCACAAAGGUUCCACCUAAUCUUGUAUGUAAGUCCAUCUAAAUGUGUUAAACAAUACAGAGAAAGUGCAUGCCAUCGUGUAUAUAUGAUUAAACUAGCGGCAAGUAAAGCGUCGUCACCAUGUUGCCACAAGCACUUCUUCUGGUGGUUCUUUUGAGCACCAAUGUUGCUUCAACGUCAAAUAUCAUCACCGCCCUACCCGGCUUUCCCGGUAACCUCCCCUUCAAACUUGAAACUGGGUACGUGGGAGUAGGCGACAUGGAUGAUGUGCAGCUAUUUUAUUACUUCAUUGAGUCUGAAGGGAGUCCAGAAUAUGACCCUCUUGUGCUUUGGCUCACCGGAGGUCCUGGUUGUUCUGCGUUUUCUGCACUCGUAUAUGAAAUAGGUCCACUAUCCUUUGACUAUGCAGAUUCCAUUGGCAACAAGCCAAAGUUAAAGUUGAAUCCAUACUCAUGGACAAAGGUUGCCAACAUAAUAUUUGUAGAUGCGCCGGUCGGCACCGGAUUCUCAUACGCAAAAACUUGGAGAGGAUACGCUAAUAUGAGUGACACUUUAUCAGCAGCACAAACAUAUGAAUUUCUAAGAAAGUGGCUUAUGGACCACCCUAAGUUCUUCAACAAUCCACUCUAUAUUGGUGGCGAUUCUUACUCGGGGAUAGUUAUUCCUCUUAUCGUUCAAGAAAUAUCCGAUGGUAAUCAUGAUGACAAUAUGCCGCCAAUGAAUAUCAAAGGAUAUGUGCUUGGCAAUCCACUGACAGAUCCGAAAAAAGAUGAAAAUUCCAGAAUUUUAUUUGCUUACCUAAAAGCACUUAUAUCAGAUGAACUAUACCAGUCACUUCAAACAAAUUGCAACGGAGAUUAUAUCAAUGUGGAUCCGUACAACGCAUUAUGUGUGGUUGAUCUUGAAAUUUACAACGAGUGCACGGAAGACAUAUACCUUGGACAGAUACUGGAACCUACGUGUACUACAGUAACUUUGCUAAAAUCAAGAGGAUCAAUAUGGAAUCCGAACCAUCUCAGUGAUAAGGACUCUCUAAAUAUCCUCUUAACUUCUUCUAAACUUCUGAGGCCAUGGUGUCGGGACUACAAUUAUAUCUUCUCUGAAAUUUGGGCAAAUGACAGAACUGUUCAAGAUGCUCUUCAUGUUCAGGAGGGAAGCAUUGAAGAAUGGGUGAGAUGCAAUAAAAGCUUAGAAGAUUCAAAUAUAAAUGAUGUUUCCUCUAGUCUUGUAUAUCAUGAGAACCUCAUAAAACGAGGCUAUAGAGUUCUUGUUUACAGUGGUGAUCAUGAUAUGGUAGUUCCAUAUGUGGGUACUCUUGCUUGGAUAGAGUCGCUUAACUUGACUGUUGACAGUCGUUGGAGGCCAUGGUUCGUCAGUGGGCAGAUUGCAGGAUACAGUGUGCAGUACUCACACAUAACUAAUUACAAGUUGACAUUUACGACUAUAAAGGGAGCCGGUCACACAGCUCCAGAGUACAAACCUGAAGAGUGUCUUGCUAUGAUUAGUAGGUGGUUUGCAUAUUACCCUUUGUAGUCAGUAAUUCUGAUGCAGUACCCUUCGAUUUAUAGAUCCUCAUUUAUUUGGAGUAGAUUUAUAACAAUGUGUGGAAUAAACAAUAUGUUGUAAGCUUA